GGAAUUUUCUCUUGCUGAAACUUGAUUUCCUUGUUAUUAUUCCUCUCUGAAACUACUUUUACAACAUAUAAAAACAGUACACUGACUGCAUAAACUUGCACAGGAGUUGCUAGACGGUGCUGGUGCAGCAAUGACACAAGACGAUAAGGAAUCACUAGAGCGUGAAGUCAGCGCUCUUCGUGGUCAGGUGGCGCUGUUGCAAAGAAAUAAUAAAAUAUUUUCGGAUCGGGAGCGAAACGAACUGAAAGAGGAUUUGGAUCUUGCUAACAAGAGGUGUACUAACUGCAAGAACCAACUAGAAGCUCUUAAAAGGAGCCUUGAAUACGAACAAGUCGAAAAUCUUAAUCGACAAAUUAGAGAACUAAAAGUGGAAGCCGAGGAAUUGCGCAUCGAAUUGCGGGAAUUUCAUGCUGCUGAGCCGGCGGGAAGCGACGAAGAUUCCGAUGUAAGCAGCAAUGAGCGGCAAGCGAAAUACGCGAGACUCCUCGAGCUGGAAGAAGAGGCGGAAGAAUUGAAUUCGAAAAUGAAGGGCCUGGAAGAAGACGUCAAAGAUCGUGACGUCAUGGUGGAAGAAUUACAUCACCAGCUGGACAGCGUUGCUAAGCAACAUAGAGAGGAAGCGAUGAAGUUGGAAAAGAAGAUGAAAAAAAGAGAAGAAGAGCUCUCGGAGGAGAUUGUUGAGCAUGAGAGACAAAUUGAUGAACUAAAAGAUGUUAUUAAGAUGAAGCAAGCAAAUUUACAGCGAAAGACUGACGGCCUUGAAGAAUGCGAAGGUGAAAUUGAUAAACUUCAAAAAGAACUUCAACGAAAACAGAAAACAAUUGAAAAAUUGCAGUGGGAGAUUGAAGCGCUGCAGAGAGAAAAUCAGUCACUGAAAGAAAGAAUUGAAAAACUAAAAGCAGCUCUUAAAGAUACUGGAGAUCCAAGUCUGUUGGAACUAACUUUGUCCCCGAUCAAUUCUUUCCGGUCGAGCUUUACAGCGCCACCAACCGACCGUCCAUCAUCACGCGCGUCCAUCAUUUCUCCGCGCACGCCAGCGGCUGUUAAAGUUGAAGUGGGUAGCAGAAGCGUGGACUCUCUCAAUGCGAGCAAAUUGAACACAGAAGAAACGGAGAACAGAAAACCUCGCCAGAGGUCGGAGAGUUACCAAGGGGACGGACAACCCACAAGUGCUUUACGUGAAGGUAUCAAUGAGGCGCGCCAAACUGUCAGAGACAUUGGAGUGGAGUUAGACACUCCAAGAACAUCGCGUGGAAAAUUAAGUCCGGAUGCUCGAUCUCGAUUCUCUUCCCCUUUUACGUCUCCGACCAGAGAGCUGAAAAGAGAGGACGCAAGUCCAAGGAAGGCAGAAAGUUCGCCGAAACUUCGAAGAGAAUCUGAUGUUGAUUCAGUGUCAUCCUCUUCUGAGAGUUCGACUGAAAAAGUAGAAUCUGACGGCAUAGGAGAACAGAGGAAAAGCGGGAACAUCAGUCUUGUGACAUUGCCAUCUGAAAACGUUACAAUGGCUGGCAAUGUACACACAGACACAGACGGCCAUGAAUCAGCAGUAGAUGUAAUUCCUGAUGGGUCUAAAACCGUCCAAGAUGAUACGAAAACUCUUCUUCCGGAAUCGAGCAUUCAGAUCCCUAUCUUUGAAGACCGAUCUGUUACAUCUUAUGCGAGUGGAAGAGGAAGACACGCUUCUUCGAGCUCCGAAAGAUCCGUGAUCAAUGACGAGCCCGCUACCUCACAUAAAAAGAGCAAAAGCUUCCUAACUUCUGAAAAUGAAUCCACGUCCUCUUCCUCUGUUUCAAAUAACUCGUUAGAAAAAAAUGAUUCCGAGGUUGAAAUAAAGACUCCUUCAAAACAAGGGAAAAAGAAACAAAUUUCAGACCCUGAAGCGCUUGAAGUAAAACCUAUCAAAGUCGAAAGUACUGUGGUUCAAUCUUCUAACAACCUGACAGACGCAAGCACUGUGUCUGCAGGUUCCUUACUCCCAGAUGACCGUCCUACCCUUAUCCAGGAAGUGACGAAAGCAAGAGAGGAAGCUAGAAAGUGGUUCCACGAAGUUACACAGUCUGAUCGCGACAAGAGACAACUUGACCGCCGGCUGGGCGCGCUAGAGAGCGAAAUAUCGCGACUUAAAACGGUCGAGGACAAUUACGAAACCAUGUUACGCGACCGGAAGUUCAAUGACGUAAUAGCUCGUGACGUAGAGGCGAUGCGAGAAGAAGCGGAAGCGGCAAACAGGAAAGCGGAAGAAGCAAAGGAGAAGAACGCGAUCCUUAGGGCCCAUCUUCUGGACAAACAGCUUGACGAACAAAAAGAAGCAAAGAAAAACGAGAACAAAGAGCAGCCCAAAACGUCCACGCCGCUGCCUCUCAGUGAAGUGCAGGAAGUCACGUCGCCGAAUUAUCAAAAAUCACCAAUGCGUAGCGGAAUGACGUCACCACAAAGUCGUAUGACGUCACCAAAGCUUAGCCCCAUACCCUCAGCCAAGCAGCUGGAGGAAAUAAAAGACGGUUUCGAAUACAUCGCUAGUAAUUUUGCCAGUCUUACGUUAAAGAAACAUGGUGCGGAACUUGCUCUUGCCCCGGAAAAGGCGAAAGUCUCUCACUUGAAACGAAAAUGCCUGGAGAGAGACCAAAUUCUCGCUAAACUGGUUCUAAGACUUAAAAAGAAAAGGGCAGAUACUUCCCUUGGCGUCAACGAUGACGAUUCAACUACGUCAUCAGUCGGCUUCGAGAGCAUUCUCUCCAAAGCGGACCGCCUGCUAAGAAGUAACGACGUUACUAACGACUUUUCAGACACUGGGAGACACAUUGACGUCGAAAGCGCGGAAAAUAUUGAGAACAAAUCUUAUUCUGAUGUUUCACGUACCUCACCGCUGAUCAAAGCAUUGACAGAAAAAUCGCCGCUUUCCCAACCCCGUUCCCCAAGUCAUCGCAUAUACGUUGCAAAACACGACUUUGCGCCCGCUAACAAGCCGCCAUCACCCGCCUACAACGAGAGUCUUCCUAUCACACACUCUCUUCUUCCAGACCUACCGUUGCUCGCGGGAGACACUGUGGUGGCAAUUGGUAAUCCAGAUGAAAGAGAAAGUGGCAAAUUUUACCAGUUAGCUGAGGUUCGGGGUAAAAUAGGCUUCGUUCCUUUGGCGCAUCUUGUAGCAGCGGAACAGGUGGAAGGAAUGCAAGCUUUUGUGUUGGAAAAGGGGAAGAACAAACGAAAAAAGAGCGCCUCUUCAAGCCCGGAGAAGAUAGUCGACCUUUAUAAAAAGUUAGAACAAGCUCAUCUGAUCGUAGCGGACAAGAUUGAAAGAUCGUCGAAAAAGUCAAAGAAGCCUUUUUUCAAAAAUAACAACGUGAUGACGUCACCUGCCCGACGAACCAGCUCACUGACGUCAUCAUCAAUUCAUGAAAGCGAAAGUGACUUGUCGAUUUCGAUUCAAGAUUAUUUACCUAGUAAGAACAAACGUGAAAAAUCAACACGUCAUCGUGAUGACGUGUCCGAUCCCAGUUACGUAACUUCAGAAAGUAGUUACGUCAGCAAAGCGAGCACGAAACGGUCACAGAGACAACGAAAUCAAUCAAACAAUAAAACACAAGCGACCAGACCCAGUAGGGACCGUAAAAGAGAACCCCGUUCUAAUGAAUGCUCCUCGUAUGUAAGACCAGGCACUCCGACCUCUGCGAAGACCUCUUUAGAGAAGAGCCGAUCCUCUUCCCUGCCUCCGAGAUCAUCAUCCAAACAUCACUCAAUCCGAUCCGACGUUUCUACUCCUGCUCAGUUUAUCAGCGGAAAACCUCCUUUGGUUCGUGAUGACAUCAGCGCAUCUUUGUCUCAUAGCGAUUUCCGCACAAGCCAGCGUUCGAUGACGUCACCGAUGCUUACGUCACCGCAGCCUCCCACGUUUCUGGUGAUCGAGAAGACGAUGGGAAACAAGAGCAUGAUAAUAUGCUGGACGCCGCCUGUGCUUGACUUGAUUUCAAGAAGCAACGACGUUCCAGUUAUUGGUUACGAAAUAUCGGUGGACAGAGUCCGUAAAAUUCAGAUUUCAGGAGCUUAUACCAAUAAAGCUAUUCUUGGGGAUUUAAAUCUUUCCAAAACGUUCACCAUUGAGGUACGUACAGUUAGUUCCGUGGGUACACGUUCGAAACCUUCUGAGGUUCUUUAUACCCCAAACCAAUCCCCACGAACGCCCGUGACGUCACCCAACCUUAUGACGUCACACGACCCCAUGACAUCACAAAAUACUUCGCCAAAGGAAAGAUUUACAACGUCUACGCCUAACGUUACGCCACGGAAUUCGCAUACCGAAGGCCAAGACCGUACGCGCCGAGCUACUGCGUUGUAUGAUUACGAUCCCGCUGUUGACAGCCCGUACAAAAGCCACCAUGAAGAGCUACGCAUGCAGCAAGGAGAAAAUGUAAUUGUGGUAAACCCUUCCAAAGCUGACGGUUUCUGUGACGUUCAGAUUGGCUCUAAAAGAGGUCGAGUACCUGUAGCUUUUUUAUUGAGCGAUGACGACAUUUCGAUCGAUUCUAUCAGUACUACGUCAUCAUCACGUCACAGAGGGAAGUACAGAUCGAGAGAGUAUGACGUCACAGCCCCACGCUACAUACCUGCUACGUACAGUCUCCAUUAGGAUCACUUUAUUUGCUCAGGAAAUCGUAUAUUUUGCCGGUUCUAAACUAAAUGAAGCCACCCUAUAUAAACCAAGGUUCUUUAACAUUUUUAAGACAUGCCAAUUUAAAAAUAUAAACAAAACCUGGUGUGUUCUACUUUUUCAGAAUUAACUGAAACACCUAGUACUUGUCGUUAAAUGGCCAAAUAUGAAAAGCCAACAAUUUUCUAUCCUUAAGUUUUUUACCCCAGACAUUAUAGGGUGCGCAUCCAACAACAGUAUUAAACUGUACAUCAUUUUAUUUUUUCACAACCUAAAUUUAUUUUCACUGUAGAAACUUUCUUUUUGUAAACUGAAAUUUUUCGUUUUUUUUUUUAAAUAUUGUGAAAAAAUAUUUAUUUUUUCGUUUAAAUGGCAAGCACAUCAUAUGCACUUUUAUAUUUCUGUAACACGAAUAUAAUAGCUUUUAUUUCAUUAAGUUUUAUUAAAGUUAUUAUAUAAAUAUAUAUCAUACUAUAACUCAAAUAGAAUGCGCUAAUAUAAAGUUUUUGU